CAACAACACAAAGUAGUCACCGGUUGUCGCUCUCCAUGUAAACUAAUUUGAAUAAGAGACUUUACUUUGUGCAAUUAUCGUCUUCGUUUUGGCGGGAAAUCCUGGUGACGAAACGCUGUACACAGUAUACAAUCGAUUUUGCUGCUUUAGAGAAGAAAAAAAAAUAAUUCUGCUGAUAACUUUGCUGUGGUGAAAAGGAAUAGUCAAACAAUAAGCAGUAGUGACUUAUAGAUGCUGUUUGUGGUGAAGAAAGUUACAUCCGCUAGUGUUUCUCAAGCCUCAAGGUUAAUUUGACACAGUUCACUUAACCGACUCGUCAAGAAGACUGUGCACGACUCGUGUAGUGUUGUGGUACAAGUACCGUGUUGUGUUGGUGUCUUCUGUGAGCCUGGUGUGAGGCACUGACGGCAGUGUAGCCAACUCAAGCGUCAGGAGUCAGAUCUUCCUACAACCAUACAUAAUAUUAAUAGAUAACCAUAAUGGGCUCCAUUGGCAAGUUUAAUGAGGAAUUUUGGAAUGUAGAGGUUGGAGACUUCGGAGGCUGGGACAUUGUUGUUCAGCGCAUGAAAGAAGCAAGCAAGAUCACCGGCAACUACAUUGACUUCCUAAAGCAAGUGGCAGCAGCUAUGGAAACCUUCGGGCACUCACUGCUCAAGAUUACUAAGAAUUCACCUCUGCCUGACAUGGAACAUGGAGAUCUGAAGACAUCACUUCAGACAGCUCGGGAUAAUGUGGAGUCAUGGGGGCAAGACACCAUUGAUGCAGCUGUAGCCAUCAACUCCCAGGUCACACAGCUUUCUCAGUACAUUACAGAGGCCAAACAAACUUACAAACAUACCAAGGAAGAGGCCAAGCAGAAACAACAACAGGUUCGGGAUGGAAUGCAUCGGGUACGACAAACUCAGCGUGAUGUUCAGAAUAAAAUUGGAGGCUUGAAGGAUGCAGAUUCACUUAGAAUGAUAAUGGAUGCUAAGUGUAAUGCUAAACCAAGGGAACUAGUGAAGGCAGCACAUGUAAGAGAACGGGCAGUUGAAGCUACCAAAGAUGCAGAGACCCAAUACCAUGAAGCCAUAAUCUACCACAAUGAAAUGGUUAAUGCCUGGUGCACGUAUGCCCGCCCUACUCUCAGCAUUUUUCAGGACAAGGAGGAGGCAAGGGUGAAGAUGUUACGGGAAUCACUGUGGAGUUUUGCCAAUAUCUGCUCCCUGCUAGCUGUAAACUUUGACCAGCACCAGGAAAAUAUUCGAUCAGCUUUACUGCGUGUGAAUGUGGCUAAAGAAUUAUCAACAUGGGUGGCUAUCCACAGAACACUGCAGACACCACCCAUGCCACUGGUUUACACGCCCACAUCUUAUACAUCCUGUAACACACCAUCACUCACUCCCUCAACGUCUGUUCGAUCAACACUAACAGAGGUGUCAUCAAGCAGUAACAGCAGUGAUGGAUCAAGUCCUGUUCCAAUGCAUAUGGCCCAGGCACUCUACCAGUUCUCUGCCCGAAGUGAGAGUGAAGUGUCACUUGUAGAGGGCCAGGUGAUCACAGUCAUGGACAAAUCUAAUUCAGAGUGGAAUUUAGUGAGAACAAGUAAUGGUGUCCUAGGCUUUGUCCCAGCAAAGUUCAUUAGUUCUUCCCGUACGUACACAAAAUAACAGCUGAAUAGUCUGCUGAUAUUUCUGUUGUUAUAUAGGUAAAGUUCCAGACUUCAUCUUUUACUGUUCUUGCAUGGUAGUGCUUGUAUUGUAUUGAUUUUAAAAUGUUUUUUAACAUCAAAUUUUUAACAUGUGUACAAUUUUUAUUUAAUGUAUUUGUAAUAAGUUGUUUUAUGUUUAAAAAAUUAAUUAAACAAUUUGAAUUCAGGAUGACUCUGAAGUAACCAAGCAGUUCCGAAAAGUCGGUUAUUAUCGUAAUACAAUAUGAAAUAUAUUAAGAUACUGUACAAAACUAUGUUUGGAUGCAUUGCCAGGGAGGGGAGGGGGGGGUGGUGUUUGGCAGAACAGGAGGGAGCAGAGGACAACUCACUACCUCCCAUGCUCAUCAGCCCGCGAUCCUUUUAUAACGACAGUAUACAAUUACGCAAUAAUUCUCAUAUUAUUUAGGUUCAAUUAGUGCUGAGUUGGUAAAACAUUUUAAAAAAAUUAUUAAUUUUCCCCCCCAAAAAAUCCCACACUCAAUCCCAGAUAAGCUAUUGUGUCUAUGAAUAUUCCCAGUCUCUUCUCAUCAUCUCUUAAGCACUGUUGUUGUCACUGCUCAAGGGAGUUGGUGCUUACCACAGGAUCUGUCUUGAGCAUUUAGUAAAUAAUAUUGUGGCAUAUUUAUCAGAACUUUAUAUUUACUUUAUAUAUAUUUUUAACCUCUUCGCCACUGAUCGACUCGUUAGCUACUUAUUGUAGUGUGCAGUAUACUGAAUCUCGAUAAGCCCUGGUUUACUCACUGAUCAGUUGUCUAAGUGCAAAAGUAGCCUGAUCGAGCCAUCAUUUAUCAAUUAAUUUUUAAAUAGAAAUUAUAAAUUAAAAUGUUAUAAGACAAUGGUUUAGUAGUGCUGUUAAUGAAUGGGCCAUGUAACUGCCGCACCUCCUGCCUCGUCACCCCAUCUCUUGCCUUGUCACCUCACCCUUUACCUCAUUAGCUCAGCAUACAGUGUUACAUUUAUUUAGUACUAUAUUAUUUACUUUAUUAUUACUGUACAAUAUGUUGUUUUAAAAAAAAAUUGUUUGCACAGUAAUUACAAAUACUGUAGAUUAUUUUAUGUGGCAGCCAAGGCAAGGCACAAAACUGAACAGAAAAUUAAAGAAUAAUCGAACACAAAAAUUCAGAAAUUGUCGAACAAUGUAAAAAUAUUCUGAACCCAGUUAAUUCGGAUUUUUUGGUAAUUCGAGUGACCCAGAGCCCCAUUUUCUGCCGAAUCAACAAGGGUAUAGUGGUGGGAUUAGUGUAAUAUAAAUUUGCCAAAAGUAUUAUUUAUAUUGUUAUCCUUAUGGAAUCUCUGUACUUAUACUGUUGUUUUGAUAGUAAUAAAAUGAAAUGAAAAUG